AUGUCUGAAAAGCUAUUGGUAGUACCAAUCGGUCGUCCGCUGCCAAGCUAUCGAAUUUAUCUGCUGGAUGCACAUGCACACGGCGAGCCAGUGCAACUAGGAGCCGAAGGAGAAUUAUAUAUUGGUGGCGUUUGUGUGGCACGUGGCUAUCUCAAUCGUCCUGAACUUACUGCUGAACGUUUUCUACCCGACCCAUUCAGUGACAAUCCAGCAGCACGCAUGUACCGUACCGGUGAUCGAGCACGAUAUCUGUCUGAUGGUAAUCUGGUCUUUUUAGGACGUACAGAUCAGCAAAUAAAAAUCCGUGGAUUUCGAAUUGAGCCUGGUGAAAUUGAAGCCCGCUUAGUCGAACAUCCUCAGGUGCACGAGGCAGUUGUACAAUCUUAUGGCAAUGGAUCAGAUGCUCGUUUGGUAGCUUAUGUGGUGACCAACCAAGGCCAUUCAUUCGCCCAAGAUUUGCGCACGUAUUUGUCAGAAAUACUGCCCAAUUACAUGGUUCCAGCAGCGUAUGUGUGUUUGCCAUCUUUACCGCUCACACCCAAUGGUAAGCUUGACCGGCGAGUACUACCGGCUCCGAAUGAUAAAGCGUUCGCUCAUCAGCAGUUUGAAGCACCACAGGGUGAAAUGGAGGAAAAACUGGCCGAUAUCUGGCGAGAAUUGCUUGGCAUCGAUCGUAUCAGUCGACAUGACAAUUUCUUUGCGUUGGGAGGCCAUUCUUUGUUGGUCGUACGAUUGUUGGCACAGUUGAGACAUAUUGGAUUUGACACCACCGUAAGGGAAGUAUUUGAUGCUCCCACUCUAGCUAUAUUGGCCUCGACUCUCAUCUGUUACAAGGUAGUGGCUAUUCCUCCCAACCUAAUUACCACAGACAUCACAGAGAUUACUCCAGAAAUGCUACCGCUCAUCACUCUUUCACAAGCAGACAUUAAUGCAAUUAUUGCACAGGUACCUGGUGGAUUAGCUAACAUUCAAGAUAUAUACGGAUUGGCUCCUUUACAGAGCGGCAUUUUGUUCCAUCAUAUAAAAGCCAAACGAGGAGAUCCUUACCUGUUGGUUAGCCGCAUAGAGUUUACUAAUCGGACUACACUUAAACGUUAUGCAGACGUCCUGCAACAGGUAAUUAAUAGGCACGAUAUCUAUCGCACGGUCUUCAUCUGGGAAGGCCUCAGUCAGCCGGCGCAGGUCGUUUUGCAACAGGUUCCUCCGUUACUUACUGAGGUUACAUUAGAUAAUGCAGACGAAUCUGUGCUAGAGCAGUUGAAUCACUACUUUGAUCCACGUCACUACUGGUUAGAUUUGACACAGGCACCAAUAUUACGAUUGAUGGCUGCGCCAACAUUUGAUGACAGCUGGAUUGCAAUGCAACUAAUGCAUCAUAUAAUUGGUGACCAUUCAACGCUAGAGAAAAUGGAGGCUGAAGUUAACGCCAUCAUUGACGGAAGGAUUGAAAUGUUGACAUCAGGCCCCGGCUGUAAUUGA